AGAUGGCGUCAGUGUGUUUAAAUCGACGGUGCCCGACGAUCAGUCGAUACCGGAAUCGUUGGCGUUGGUCGUUCGUAAACUUGCACGUAUUUUGCAAACGUUUUAUCGCAAAUACAUAUUUGCAAUCCGCAUCAAUCCGCGAUCGAUCGAAUAGAGUGACACGUGUUGUUCUUUUGCUUCCUAUUCGGUGGCAAAGCUCGGGAACCCGCGAAAGCGGUGAUGUUCGGUAAAGUGAGGUUAUCUGCGCUAAACAUCACGGAUAUUUUGCGUCCUUCGUCCGGAAAAUCGGUGGAACUAAAACAGUGCUGAAUCACAGAACAGAGUUUCAUCGUCCAUCAAGCGAGAUAUCAUCGACAAGGCUAUAAAAAUGGCAGACUAUUGGAAGUCUCAAGGCCGCAAGUUCUGCGAUUUCUGCAAGUGCUGGAUUGCCGAUAAUAAACCGAGUAUCGACUUCCACGAGGGUGGUAAGAAGCACAAGGAAAAUGUCAGCAAGCGACUCAAGGAGAUCUACAAGAAUAGCGCCAAGCAAGCGAAACAGAAUAAGAAAUUUGAGGAUGAUAUCAAGAAGAUGGAAAAUGCGGCUAUGGCUGCGUACUUGAGGGAUGUCGAGAAUAACACACGAGAUAUGACUGCUCAAAAUAUUAUUAAGGAGAAACAGAAUAGGAUAGAAACCGGAGACGUACCUCAAAAUAGUAAUCGAAUGCCACCAGCCGCUCCAGAAACAAUACCGAGAUUCAAAAGUAAUACUGAACGGUUCUCGCCGAAAGUGGAUCCUUGCGACCCGACGACUUUGUCAAAGAGCGCACCGUCACUGCCGCGAGUCCAGCAGAGCAGCGAGAACAGGACUCCGGGGAAGAGUAAAGCGGGCAAAACGAAGGGAAAGGGGAGGAAAACCCAGGAGGAUGAUCGUCCAGCCCCGCCUGUCAGGAAAUUGUGGUACGAGGCACUCAGUCCCGAAGGAUACACUUACUACUGGCACAUCGAAACGAACGAGUCCGUCUGGGAGCCUCCAAAGGAGGGCUACAUGACCAUAGCGGAACAAGAGCAGGAGGCGAAGGAUGAGGCACUCCAGAGAGAAUUGAUCGACCAAUUGGAAAAGGAAGAAGCGAUCGAAAAGGCAGAUAUUCUCGAGGAACAACGUGCCAAUGUCGAAAGAGAAAGAAUGAAGGAGUUUAGGAAACGACCUGCCGAAAACGACGACGUCGAAGGUAGCAGAAGUAAGGAGGUAAAGGAAAAGAAGAGCGAGGAGGAACGGCCUUAUCGGCGAGACUACAGUGUACCCGAGAGACCGCAACCCUAUGGAUCCUGGCAAGUCGUGGAGACAAGGAAAUCAGUGGACUUACAACUACCAAAGCAGAAGCAGAUACAACUGCCCACGUUCGGGAAAGUAGAACCGCCACCCCCGCAGAAGACCUUUAAGGAAAAGACUAUCACCCAACUAAGCACCGGUGAUAGCGAUGACGAGGAAUUAUCGACUACCUUCAAGAAAAGAAAGAUUGGCAACAAGAAUGUGCGCAAAAGAACAACCGACGAUUGACAGCCGAUUCCAUCGUGAAAAAGUGAAGUGAUCAUUCUUUGUUCUUGUGCGACGGUUAAGGCAUGUUUCGAACAAUCGAAUAAACAAGCAUAAAUGAAUCCAGAAUUCGCGUAAAUGUAGUCGGAUUCUUUAGUUAUACGUACUGUAUAUAUUUUGUACAGAUAUGUAUAAAUCAGAAAUUGAUAUUUCCGAA